UAAGCCAAAAAUUAUUUCACAAGUACACUAUCCUUUACUUGUGCUCCAAAACCCUAGCCCUAAAACCCUCUGCCAAAGUGCGACACUUUGCUCGAGCGAUAUGUCGGGAAGAGGAGAAGAUAGUGAUUCCGAUGCGCCGGAAGAACUAACUUCCGUACAGGGAAUUCAAAACAAUGAGGAGAUUAGAAAAGUUGAAAAAGAACACAAGGCUAGAGUUGUUCGGGAAAGGAAGGAACGUCGUAGACAAUGGGCUCAAAAAUUAACUCCACGACCUAAACAAAAUGAUGAAAGCAUUGAAGACACAAAAGAACCUGAAGAUGCCCAAGAGUCAAAGGACAAUAGAGGGAUGCUGCCUGAUGAGAUUGUAAAAAUUCUUGCAGCUCGUGAGAAGAAAGUUUUCUCGUCAGACUCGGAGGAAGAACAUGAGAAGCAGCCUACAUCUAAAAACAAAAGAUCCAAGAGCCCUGGGUCUGGACCAGUUAUUUUGAAGGAUCUACCACCUCCUCCGUGCUUAGAGAGCUCACUGGCAUUCUUGAAGAAACGUAAGAUGCAGGUGUCAAGAUCAUCAGCUGUUCUGAACAAUUCCAGUCAAGCAUUACGCCUUCUAUCUACAUCUGGCUUGCUACGUACCAAAUGAUAGGUGAUGAUUUUGAAGAUUUAAGCCCGAGUGAUGGCAAUGCUGUAUUGCUUGCUGUAAUGAGAAAUAUGCUGGUAGAGGUGUUAAAUGGCGAGCUGGUUUUGGACACUGAUGGGUAAACCAAAAAAACAAAACAAAACAUUGUAACAACUUUUUGAUGGUAUAUUGCAAUUUUAUUGAUACUUGUGGGUAGGAACUGCUGAACUGUUUAUACUGCAACAGUCUCAUCUCAGUCAAGUGUUGAAUCAUUAAGUGGUUGCACAAGAUUAUGAAUUGCUUCUAAUGAUCAUGAUAUUCUUCUAAA